GAUGAUGCCCUUCUCUUGCGGUUUCUCCGAGCUCGCAAAUACGACCUUCAAAAAACGGAACGCAUGUUUCUAGACUGUGAACAAUGGCGUGCUUCUUACAACGUCGAAUCUGUCGUCCAAACAUUCGCAUACACAGAGUCUUUUCAGGUGAAUCAAGUGUAUCCCAGGUUUUAUCACAAAACCGAUAGGCUCGGUCGACCAGUGUAUAUCGAACGACUACACACUCUGGAUGUUAAACGAUUAUUUGAAGUUACAAAUCAGGAUCGUGUUGUCAUGAAGCAUGUUCGAGAAUAUGAAAAGCUUAUGCGAUAUCGAUUGCCUGCCUGCUCAGCAAAAGUGGGACACCCACUUGAACAAGGAUGUAGCAUCAUUGAUCUUAAAGGUGUACCGCUAUCCUCGUUUAAUCAGGUGAGAAAAGUACUGCAAUCCCUCUCUGCUGUGGCUCAAAACUACUAUCCAGAAACACUCGGUCGCAUGUACAUCAUUAAUGCUCCAACGCUAUUUACCACCAUUUGGGGAAUUAUCAAGAGUAUGUUGGAUGAAAACACCGUUGCCAAGAUUAGUGUAAUUGGAUCGAAUUACGCCAAGACGUUGCUGGAGGAUAUUGAGCCUGAAAACUUGCCAAAAUUUCUUGGCGGUGACUGUAAUUGUCCUGGUGGGUGUGACAAUGCUGAUGUUGGACCUUGGAAUGAC